AUGGCUUUCCAAAGAAACUUGGCCUUCUGCCUCUUUGCUAUUCUCUUGAUGGGCUUUGUUGUCGAAGAAUCGACCGCUCAAUAUUAUGGCGGGUAUGGUUAUGGAUACCCCGGAUAUGCUGGUUAUGGCUACGGAUACCCCGGAUACGGCUAUGGCUACGGUUACUACGGCAAACGAGCUGCUGGAAUUGGACCUGAAGCUUUGAAAGAUUCAAACUAA